UAAUGCUCAUGACACUCCUUUUGUAAGGUUCAGCACCCACCUCUCUCUCUCUCUCACUCUCUCUCUCUUUGUGUGUGUCUUCCUAUCACUAUGAAGCCCCAGACAAUGGAAACUUCUUCCGACUUCUCUCGCUUGGGCAUCGGAAAGAUGGGUUUUGGAUGCAAGCACUACAGGAGGAGGUGCAGGAUUCGAGCCCCCUGCUGCAACGAGAUCUUCCACUGCCGCCACUGCCACAACGAAUCUACUAAAGAUCGGCACGAGCUUAAUCGCCAAGCUGUUCAGAGGGUAAUUUGUGUUAUUUGCGACACCGAGCAGCCGGUGGCGCAAGUGUGCGCAAAUUGCGGGGUCAAUAUGGGGGAGUACUUUUGCGAAGUGUGCAAAUUCUACGACGACGAUAUUGACAAAGGACAGUAUCACUGCAACGAUUGCGGCAUCUGCAGAGUUGGUGGCAAGGAGAGGUUCUACCACUGCGAGAAGUGUGGAUCCUGCUACUCUGUUGGCUUGCGUGAUAAUCAUCCGUGCAUUGAAAACUCGAUGAGACACCACUGCCCCAUUUGUUAUGAGUACCUGUUUGAUUCUUUGAAAGAAACAACAGUUCUCAGAUGCGGCCAUACGAUGCAUGCUGAAUGUCUUUACGAGAUGAUAAAGCAUGAGAAGUUCUCUUGUCCUAUAUGCUCCAAGUCAGUUGUUGACAUGUCAAGGAUGUGGAGGACGUUGGAUGAGGAGAUAGAAGCAACAAUAAUGCCAGAGAAUUAUCGCUACAAUAAGGUGUGGAUCCUCUGCAACGAUUGCAACGACACAACUGAAGUAUUCUUCCACAUUAUCGGUCAAAAGUGUAGCCACUGCCAAUCCUACAACACUCGCGUGGUUCCUCCGCCGGUGCUCCCUCAUUAGAUGAAGUGUAGUCCAAAGAAUUAUGCAUUGAUGCUUGCUUUGGUGAAAGGACGAAAAGACGAAAAGGCGGAAACAAAGAAGAUGAGUGUGCUGAGAUAGCCGUUUGUUAUGUUAUACAAUAUUGCUCUCAUUUCAUAUAGCAGUGCAUUACUACAGUAUUUGAACUCUGUAUUGAAGUAUUUCUUGUACUACAGCUUAAUACGAUGAACUUGUGAAAUAAUGGCUCAUCAGUUGGUUCUCAGAGUUUU